CCUUGCCUCUUUCCCGCACCUGCGCUGGACUCCGCUACUCCUCCCGGGACUCUGAGCCUUGGCCCCACCCUUGGCCCGCCUUCAUUUAGCGAGGGACUAGAAACGCUGCUUACUCCAAGUCCAAAGAGCAAUUCCCAGGGACUAGAAACGGGACUUCAGUGGACGCUUUUCUCCUCUUUCUAUCCCAGGCGCUCAGCGUGAGUUAACUCUCAACCCCGCUGCUGUCCCUGGGACUGUGCAUGUCAUGAGCUCCGCGUCCCCCAGGGCACCCCCGACACCGGGGCUUCUCGGACUCCUGUCGCUGCUGUUGCUACCCGCGGCGCACGGUGCCUGUAGUAUCCCUCCAGAUAUACCCAACGCCAAGCCAGAACUGAGUGGUCUAACAAGUUUUCCUGUGAAAAGCACUGUAACAUACAAAUGUAAUAAAGGAUUUGUAAAAAUUCCUGGCAAGUCAGACUCAAUUGUCUGUCUUCAAUCUGAUAAAUGGUCAAGGUUGUCAGAGUUUUGUAAUCGUACCUGUAACGUCCCACCUUCAUUACGUUUUGCUUCACUCAAAAAACAGUUUAGUAAACAGAACUACUUUCCAGUGGGUUUCACUGUGCAAUAUGAGUGCCGUCCAGGUUAUAAAAGAGAUAAUUCUCUGCCAGCAAAUCUUACCUGCUUUCAAAAUUUAAUGUGGUCCAGUGCCUCUGAAUUUUGUAAAAGAAAAUCGUGUUUAACUCCUCAAGAGCUACCACAUGGUCAUGUCAUUGUAACAACUGACAUCUUAUUUGGCUCAACAAUUACCUUUACUUGUGACACAGGAUAUAGGUUAGUGGGGCCACAAGAUAGCCAAUGUAUUCUUAUGGAUAAAAAUGUUACUUGGAGUGACCCACAUCCAAAGUGCACAGAAAUUUUAUGUCAUGACCCUCCAGAAAUUGCUAAUGGAAGAAUCCAAGAAAAACAGGACAGUUAUAAAAAUGGAUCAUUUGUAACUUAUGUAUGUAAUAAUGACUUCUCACUUAUUGGAGAAAAAUAUAUCCAUUGUACUGUUAAAGAUGAACAAGGAGAAUGGAGUGGGCCUCUCCCUGAAUGCAAAGAAACUACCACAUUGGCCCCAACAGCAGAAAAAUCAAUCAUAACAAAGGCACCAGCAACACCUGCCCAGGCAAUGGAACAGGCCAGUGCAACGAACGCACCAGCAACACCUGCCCAGGCAAUGGAACAGGCCAGUGCAACGAACGCACCGGCAACACCUGCCCAGCCAGUGGAACAGGUCAAUGAAACGAACGCACCGGCAACACCUGCCCAGCCAGUGGAACAGGUCAAUGCAACGAACGCACCGGCAACACCUGCCCAGCCAGUGGAACAGGUCAAUGCAAUGAACGCACCAGCAACACCUGCCCAGGCAAUGGAACAGGCCAGUGCAACGAACGCACCAGCAACACCUGCCCAGGCAAUGGAACAGGCCAGUGCAACGAACGCACCGGCAACACCUGCCCAGCCAGUGGAACAGGUCAAUGAAACGAACGCACCGGCAACACCUGCCCAGCCAGUGGAACAGGUCAAUGCAACGAACGCACCAGCAACACCUGCCCAGGCAAUGGAACAGGCCAGUGCAACGAACUCACCAGCAACACCUGCCCAGGCAAUGGAACAGGCCAGUGCAACGAACGCACCAGCAACACCUGCCCAGCCAGUGGAACAGGUCAAUGAAAUGAACGCACCGGCAACACCUGCCCAGCCAGUGGAACAGGUCAAUGCAACGAACGCACCAGCAAUACCUGCCCAGGCAAUGGAACAGGCCAGUGCAACAAAGGCACCAGCAACACCUGCCCAGCCAGUGGAACAGGCCAGUGCAACAAAUGCACCAGCAACACCUGCCCAGGCAAUGGAACAGGCCAGUGCAACAAAUACACCAGCAACACCUGCCCAGGCAAUGGAACAGGUCAGUGCAACAAACGCACCAGCAACAUCUGCUCCGCCAACGGAACAGGCCAGUGCAACAAACGCACCAGCAACAUCUGCUCCGCCAACAGAACAGGCCAAUGCAACAAACACUCCAUCAAAACAGGCCCCACCACCAACACAGCAGGCCAGCACAACGAAUGCUGCAACAACCCCCACCACACCAACAACCAAAAAAUCCACCCCAACACGGAGUUCUACCAGAAUUGUAACCACUCUUCGUUCUACCACAGCUGCAUCUUUUCACAUGACUAGACCUAGCUCAACAAAAUUUCAAGGAAAAGGAACUAUUCCUUCAGGUGCUGUCAUCAAUACGUAUGGUAAGUUUGGCUGUCAGACAUUCUUAAGAAGUUGUGAUCCAUGUAAGAAGUCUUUGCCUAAGGAAAGUGAAAGCUUAAGAGUAUCAAAGAUAUAUCAAGUAAAUGGAUGGUAUGGACAAAUACUGCUGAAAUUCAGGAGGAUUAAAUGCUCCUGGGUACUUGAUAUGUUCCAGAUUUCUUCCAAAAGAACUCCAGUAAGAUGGAUCUGCUUCAAAUUAAUCAAAUCAUAUUAAGUGUCCACCUUGUGCAGAGCAGUCUAUGGGGUGAUGUGGAGAAGUCAGAAGGAAUUAAGAUACAGUUCUUGUCUUCAAGUAAUUUAUAAUCCAUUGCACAAUUCCUCCUUUACCUGACACUAUGUAUGCUGCCUAGAUCAGGGGUGAGGAACCCGUGGCCUGAAGGCCAUGUGGGAUCCUCUAGGUCCUCAAGUGUGGCCCUUUGAUGGAAUCCAUUCAUGGCUGCACUUGGGGACUUAGAAGACCCCAUGUGGCCUCAAGGCCACAGAUUCCCCAUCUCUGGCCUAGAUAGACGAUUCAUAAGUAUAAUCAGCUUUAAACUAUAGCCAUUACAUUUUUAUGCCUUUUAAUUGUGUUAGUACAACUUGACUUCUAUAAAAACAGGUUAUUCAGAUUAUUUUUUUUUACUUCAGUUAAAAUUUAAAUUUGAAAAAAAAUGCUAUAUUCAAAGUUUAUAAAGAGAACAUUUAAUGAUGAGAAUGAGCAAAAACCUUGUCAGAGACCUUGGUUCACAGUAUGAAUGUAAAUCCUGGCCAAACUGGCUCUUGAAAAUUCCACCAGUGGAAAAAAAAGUGAGGGGAGGGAAGGAUCAAAAUAUCAACCAGGAUGAACAAGAAAGCCAUCUGGAUUGCAGGGUAGAACUGGAGAGAUGGUGGAGAGUUAUUCUCGGGUACGUGGAUCUGGAGAAUGUCCCUUUCUGCCAUCUUCCUCUCACAUACUCCAAGGCACAGACUAAACACUAACUUCUUUGUGCACAUACCUGCAUGACUGUAGAAAGGUUUUAAACCUGUGCAUUGUUGAUUUAGAAGGGAUGGGAAGGGGGUGGGGAGAGGUUGGAAUAUCUUUGCCUUUUAAUCAUUCACAAUUUCUGCCAUGCUGAUGCUAACACAUUUCAUAUUGCAGUAGAAUUUCAGAGAGGAUUAAUUAUGGUGAAGGAAGGAAGGAAAGAAGGAAGGAAGGAAGGAAGGAAGGAAGGAAGGAAGGAAGGAAGGAAGGAAGGAAGGAAGGAAGCCGGGCAGAAUGGAGUAAGGGAUGUAAAGGAUGGCCAGAAGCAGAGACUAGGUAGUUAAGGUUGUGUGGGAAGGGUGAUCUCUGAAAACAUCAUGUGAGAUUUUAACUUAACUUGAAAUGUUUCAUACGAAAAACAAGAGUUCAUUUUGUAAAACAAUCCCUUCCAUAGUAGGAAGCAGAGAGAACAUCCUAACAAUGAUGAUUCUUGGAUGACCAAAAGCCCUUAAAAAACUGAGGACAGAGGUGAUAAAUUUUAUAAUUCUGCUGAUCAAAAAAUAGAUCAGAUAUCACUGGAGGAUAUCAAUGUUUAAUUUUAAAAGUGGGAGGACAAGCUAAUCUGAGAAAUGGGUAUUAGAUAUUCAGUCUCAAACCUGAGGAUUCAGGAAGGUAUCUAAGAAGUCUGGCUCAUGUCCUCUGUUUUGUUUGAUUUUGAAUCGUUUCAGAACAACGUUUCAUAAUCAAGAUACCACAUUUAAUGUUUUUCCUUUCCACACCUAACUUGGUUAUCAAAAUGUUUUUCUUUCAAGGAAUAGGUGGUGGUCUCAUAGUAAUGGCUGUUCUAAUAGUACUUCCGGUUUUCAUCAAGCUUCUUUUUAACUCUGGGAAAUCAGGGUGAGCCAA